AUGACUGUGCUUGGUACAUUUCGAUGGCAUGGGGUGAAUACAUUGAAGUUUGGUCUAGUUUUAGAUAAAAGUCUACACUUUGAAAUUAAUAAAAUGACUCAACCAAUUUAUGAUCCAAAACAAGGUGGUUUUCGUGUUUUUAUCGGAAAUCUAGGCGCUCGAACAAAUAUUUCUGAUCUUCAACGAGAGUGCGAAAGAUAUGGUUCGCUUGUUGAUUGUUGGGUUGCCAGAAAUCCACCUGGUUUUGCUUUUGUUUUGUACAAAUAUGGUGAAGAUGCUGAUCAAGCCGUAAGAUCAAUGGAUGGCAGAAUUGUAUGUGGUCAAAGAGUACGGGUUGAACAUGCAAAAGCAAGAGCUGUUAAUUAUCGUAAUCCUCCUUCAUAUCAGGCUGGAUAUUAUCGAAAUGCGGACGAUGAAUCACCACGAGAUUAUGAUUCAUAUGGUGGCAAUCGUCGUUCAUAUCGAAAUGACAAUUAUAAUAAUGAUGUAGAUAAUUACAAAGAUCGAGAUAAUGACGAUGAUGAUACGGACUCAGAUAGACGACAUAAACGUCGCGAUCGUCGACGUCGUUCAUCAUCAAAACGAUCAAGAUCACGUGACAGAUCUAGCCGUCGUCGUUCAAGAUCAAGAAGCGACAGUCGUGAUAAAAAGAAGAAAACACGUCGUCGACAUAGUAAAGAUAGUAGUCGUGAAAGUAGCCGUGAUCGUCAUUCUAGUAGCAAAUCAAAAUCAAAACGAAAGCAUCGAAGUGAAUCACGUCAUCGCAGUGAUUCUGACCAUUCAAAAGAACGAAAAAGUGAGAAAAAAAGACGAAAUAGCGCAAAUAAAAAACGCAAACAUAUUGAUGACGAAGAACGUUCUCGUGAUUCAAAAGAUAAAUCAUCCGCAUCAAAAUCAAAAUCGCAUUCACCACGAGUCACGGAUGAUGAAGACCAGGAGGAGAAUGAGAACGAAAAUAACGAAACGGAGAGUAAAAAUAAUCGACGAUCUAAAAAGAAUGUUAAAAAACAUCAAGUUAAAAAAUCGUCAGGUGAUGAGGAACAAAGUGGCGAUAAUACAAGUGAGCAUGAAGAAGACGAGGAUGUAGUUGACAAGAAUGAUCGAAGAAACAAUAAGAAACAUAAAUCGUCAACAAGCGAUGAUGAAACAACAGCAACAAAAAAUCACCGAGUUGAAGAUGGAGAAGUUGAAUCCGAACACACGAAUGAAGAAAAUGUUGAACGUGAUGAUUAA